ACCUAUAAAAGUAUGCAAACAAAAGCAAUAUAUGUUUUUGUUCAAAAAUAAAUAAGUUAUCAUAUUUGAUGCAGUUGAAAUCAAUUGAAAACAUGGAGUUGAGUAUCCAGGAGAUGUACACGUCGGUAGCGUGUAACCGUACACCCGAAAUAGCAGACUGGAAUAACGAAGGCACCAUCUGUUAUGGUGCUACGAACGCUGUUGUUAUUUAUAAUACGAACCUCAAAGGCACAAAUCCUAUCACAGUCCUCAGCCACCACAAGUCCAAAGUGAACUCAGUGAAAUGGCUCCGCAAGCAAAACGGUGCUUGCACGGAGCUCCUAUCAUGCUCGGCCGACAAAACAGCUGCCAUUUGGACCAAAGUGGAUGGGAUUUGGAAGGUGACAAGCAUGUUGUCCGGCCACACGGAUGGGGUGAGCUGUGUGAACGGACUGUAUACUAAAGACAAUGAUUUGUUGGUGUUUACUGGGUCUAUUGAUUCUACAAUUAGAGUUUGGGAGAGGAAAGAUGGAACUACAACUCACAAGCAAACAAUCUCUCUAAACUCGGGCCUGUGCCUCACUUUGCAUCCACACUUGCUCGGCGGCCAGCCCGUGUUAUUCUGCGCACUGGACGACCACAAGAUACACGUGUUCGCCGGAGAGGAGCUCCACCGGGUGCACACUCUAGCGGGACACGAGGAUUGGGUGCGAGGACUGGACGUAAUGGACAUUGAUUCCGACACCAUUCUGUUAGCAUCCGCCUCCCAAGACACAUACAUCCGGUUAUGGCGCAUCCAACUGCAUGUGGAACAACCCACAAUCGGCAUUAAGGUGGAACAGAAGGUGUUCCAGGCUUGUGGGACAGAGUGGGCCGUGAAGCUUGAGGCGGUGCUGGCUGGACAUGAGGGAUGGGUGUACGGGGUCCAGUGGCAUCCUAGCGUUAAUACAGAUGGCAGAACCACUCCAGUCUACCGCCUACUUUCAUCCUCGCUGGACAAAACCCUGAUAGUCUGGGCGCCAGACGAGACCGGCGCGUGGGUGGAGCGAGUGCGAGUGGGGGAAGUGGGGGGCAACGGACUGGGGUUCUAUGGCAGCCGGUUCGGGCCCGGAGGUGGCUCUUUUUUAGGACAUGGAUAUAAUGGCUCGUUCCAUAUCUGGGAGCUUAAUAAGGAGACCCGUCAAUGGGAGCCCCGUGUAGUCUGCGGGGGCCACUUCGGUCGCGUUGAGGACAUCGCCUGGGCGCCAGCGAAGUACCUCAUCAGCGUCUCAGCAGAUCAGACCACGAGACUACAUGCACCAUGGACAAGGCCUGACGGCGCAGUGGAGUGGCACGAGCUAGCUCGACCGCAAGUGCACGGCUACGACCUAGCCGCCAUCGCUCCCGUAUCCUCUCGCACCUUCGCGUCGGCGGCCGAAGAAAAAGUCAUCAGAGUAUUCGACGCGCCGUCUAACUUCGCGCACAACUACAAGGCCAUCGUUGGGGAAGAGUUGGGAGGGGAAGAUGCUGGUGCGGAGGGCGCUUCGGUGCCGUCGCUGGGCUUGUCCAACAAGGCCGUGUUCGCGGGAGACGUGGCCGACGACGAUGGAUACUUCGUGCCUGUUAACCUCACAGAACCUCCCACAGAAGAAACUCUAAUGCAGAACACGCUGUGGCCGGAGCGCCACAAGCUGUACGGGCACGGGUACGAGGUGUUCGCGCUGGCCGCCUCGCCCGACGGCGCCAUUCUGGCUUCAGCGUGCAAAGCCAACGUGGCUGAGCAUGCCGCUGUUAGACUCUGGGAAACCCAAAACUGGCAGCAGACCCAAACCCUGGUCUCCCACCAGCUCACCGUGACCCAGCUGUCCUUCAGCCCCGACUCUCAACACCUGCUCUCGGUCUCCCGCGACCGGCGAUGGACCUUAUACAGCAGGCAACAAGGCAACUUGUUCGAACAAGUCGCGUGCACGGAUAAGACGAAUGGCGUGCAUACUAGGAUCAUUUGGUGUUGUGCGUGGACGCAGGACUCUAACAUGUUUGGAACUGGCUCUAGGGAAGGCAAGGUUUGUCUGUGGACUAAAUCCGCCCCCACCAACACUUCUCUCGGCUCCUAUUCUCACGUGAGCACCUUGGAGCUCCCGAAGGAUUCUGUAACAGCGCUAGCAUUUGCACCUACGUCACAGAACGUCGCGGCGGUCGGACUGGACUCGGGCGUCAUAAAGUUCUUCACGUACGGCAAAGAGUGGACAUUAUUGAAGGAAUUAGAUCACAGCUCGGCGCAUCACUUGACAGUUCGAAGACUCGCGUUCAAGCAAGAUGAAAAUGAAUUGCUACUGGCAAGCGGCGGCGCCGACCACGUUGUUAGGGUGUACAGAGUAUCUGUAUCUUAACAUAAGUUAUAUUUAAUUAGAAUUUAUUGACAGAAAUACAUGUUUAUACAUAAUUACAA